UUUUAAAGCCUCAUAUGACUUUUUUCGUCAGCGGCAGGAAGAAACAAAACCAGUUGGCGUGAUCUUUCGACUUUGUGUGACGAGGAAACAUGAAUUCGCUCCGUCGCACUUUGCUUCAUAGGCCUGCGAAAAAGAUUUUCGCGCGGCUCUUUGCGUCAAACAACAACAGCAACGCGCGCGUCGGAAUCGUAGGGGUGCCCUUUGAGAAGGGUCAGCGCAAUUCAGGAGUCAGCCGAGGACCCGGAGUUCUCCGAGCAGGCGGAAUUGUCCAAGAUUUGCUCAGUUUUGGCUGUGACGUCAAAGAUUAUGGCGAUGUUGAUUACAAAGUUGAGCAACCGGGGACACAAGUUAAUAACAUGCUGGAGUAUGACGAUUUUGCAUCCUGUAUGGAAAAGGUUUCGAGCACCGUGAAACAAGUUUUGAGUGAAGGCAGACUUUGUCUCUCCCUUGGUGGCGAUCACUCGAUGGGGGUCGGCACCAUCGACGGCCACUACCAGGCCAAAGGUGACCUUGCCGUCCUCUGGGUGGACGCGCACGCAGACAUAAACACAAACGCCACUUCUCCGACUGGGAAUUUGCAUGGAAUGCCUGUGGCCCUCUUGGUCAAGGAGCUGGCAGACUACUGGCCAUAUUUGCCUGGAAUGGACUGGCAGAUGCCAAAACUAUCAAUCAAAAACAUCGCUUACAUUGGGCUGAGGUCAGUGGACGAAUACGAAAGUUUAAUUCUGGAGAAAUUUGGAGUAACCGCGUUCUCCAUGGAAGAUGUGGAGCAGUACGGAGUUCACGAAGUGACCCGAAGAGCCCUCGAGGCCAUCAAUCCUCACGGCGACCGAUCUCUGCACGUCAGUUUUGACAUUGACAGCCUAGACCCGAUUGAGGCGCCCAGCACAGGCACUGCUGAGCGUGGUGGUUUAAGUUUACGCGAGGGGGUGCACAUCAUGGAGACAGUUUUCGCAUCCGGAACCUUGGGAGCGAUGGACCUGGUCGAGGUCAACCCUGGAAUUGGGUCAGAGAGGGACGUCAAGAUCACAGUGGAGGCGGCCAGACAGGUCGUCAGGGCUGGUUUUGGCUACAAGAGGAGGGGUAUGCGACCUUUGCUGGCACAGGAGAUACCUGGCUUGAUAGUAAAAAAUUCAUCACAAAGUGAAAUAAAUUAAUUUUGCACAUGUAAAUAGUUGCAGAGGGAAAAUAAUGCUAUUGUUUAAAAUCUGUGAAAACCAACUUUGCUCAAAACCUUUUCCAUUGCUUGAACACAAGCAUUAAAAUUGUAAAAAUAUUGUAAGUUAUCUGAAAAUUUUAAAGAAGUUGAGAAAUUUUUAAUUUUAAUGAAUGUUAUAAUUAUUUUCUGUGCCAAAAUUUUCUGUCGUAAUAUUUAUCAGAUCAAUAGGACAGGUUAAUCGGUCUUUUUACUUCUUCAAAUUACAAAUCUGCUUCAAACCGUUUAACGGGGAUCGAUGUUGUUUAUACUUGUAUUUUCUAAAAUAAAAUUUUAUUACUGCUAGAA